UAUUGCCAAGCAUUUCGUGGACUGCUACCAAAGCAUAAUUGUAUUUAUUAGUUUUUUUUUAAAAAAAAAAGAUGCAGUGGAUACCUUGAAGGGAAUUUUCAUUCAGCAACUUCAGUACAGUGAAGUAGUCACUUUCCUCAAGGAGCUGCAUGGUAAUUUUGGAAUGCCGGGUCAAACAACAAACUCAGUCACUGCUCUGCUCCCUGGUGACUUCACAGAUUAUGUGCCAGGCCAUCCAGGCUAAUCACUUCAAGUGCUCUGUGGAAAACUGCUUUUGGUUUAACUCUGCAUCAUUUUCUUCCACCAGUGGAAAAAAAAAAAAAAAAAGGACGACUGUGUGUAGAGGGUGUAGUUUGCAGACAAAAAUAUAUCCAAGAUUCUGUUUUUAGCUUAUAACGGUUGCAUAUUUUGAAAAGUGUGAGUUGUACUUUUCUGGCUUUCCUCUUAAACGCAGAGGGAGAGAGGAGCUGCUUACAGACUGGUCUGGAGUUUGAGAGCUUGUGUUUUCCUUAAACCCUCUGAAAAAAUAAUGCACUCUGGAUGUAAACGCGGGUUCCCCACAAGACAGUACUGAGGAAACAUAAUGACCAUCCUAAAGACUGCGCAGGAUUCCCAUGUUUAACGUCAAGCGAAAAGGCAGGAAUGGGGAACUCAGAAAGUCAGUACAGCCUACAUAGCGCGAGAAGUCCAAACAGUAGUGCUGUGUCAGAUACUAAGCUGAAGUCUUGCUCUCUUAAAAUACAUAAAACCCAUAGCAAAGAAGAAAAACCUUGGACGUCCUCUGGAUGGGUACGAAAUAACAGCAGUGCAAGUUACAAAUCACGGCCUCUAGCUAGGAACUGUCUUUCUCAGUGUAAGAGCAAUCCACCAUAUUCAUCAAGACAAAGUGAUAUAGUGCUGAAAGGACCCAAAACUAGCAUCUAUCCGAAACAUAGGUCACAUGUGCCUGCAACCUGUUGCCAGGGAAAUAAUAACACCUGUUUACCAGACAAUGGCUAUCAUUAUAUUGAUGUUGAUACAGGAAACCAUAGAGAAUGUAACGGGCACAUUUUAAACUGCUAUGAGAUCCAUGACAGCAUGUCAUCAACUUUACAAGCUGAGGAAAGAAAAAGUCCGAAGGUUCUCAUUAAAACAUUAGGGAAGCUGGAUGGCUGUUUACGGGUUGAGUUCCACAAUAGUGGAAAUAAUGUUCCGUCUGAGGAAUCAGAUGGACCAGUCCAGUUGCUUAGAUACUCUCCAGCAUUAGAAAAUAAAGAACUCAAUCAUCUUGAUCCAAGGAGACUCUCCGGGAUGGAUUACCCUGCAAGCCAUGGUCUGUCAACGAGUGACUCUGGGCUUAGGUCCAGCAAAGGAAGUUCACUCAGCUCUGACUCUUCUUGGUAUGAUUGUCCUUGGGGAAACAGGGAUAUCAAUGAGAUUGAUAGCCCUUAUUUUACAAGGAGUACACAAGGUACAAGCAUACGUGGAGGACUUAUGCCAAAUGAAAGCAGUGAACUUUACAAUCAGAGAUCAUCAAUUUGUUCUCUCCAGGAAUUGUACAAAAAAUCUGCUUUGGAAGGGGGUAUCCCUCCUGGUGGCCAACUGUGUGAUAAUUAUAUCAGCUCACAUCAUAACAUAUGUAAUAGAGUUUCUUUUGCCUCAGACAUUGAUGAUCCAUCUAUGGUAGAACACAGAGGACCUACACAGUAUUCUUCAUACACACUCCCAUGUCGAAAGUCAAAGCCUUUAACUGAGGAUGCUGCUAAAAAGGACACAUUAAAAAAUCGAAUGAGACGUAUCAGUGACUGGACGGGGAGUCUUUCAAGAAAGAAGAGAAAGCUUCAGGAACCAAAAUGUAAAGACUCCAGUGAAUGCUUUGACAGUGGAAUUGAUGGAUUCACUGCAGAGACCAGUUCACCUCCUCAUCUUUCAAGUGUUAUGUGGUCUUCCGGCUCGGGCCCAAUCUUACCACAGAGGAAUGAAUACACAAGUCCAGUAAAUAGUGAUGCUCUGAGGCAAAACAUAUAUGAAAAUUUCAUGAAGGAAUUGGAAAUGGAGAGAUCCAAUGUUGAAGAAACCACUGUAUCUACAGGAACAGAGGACUCAAGUAAUGACUCCCUAAGCUCUCUGGAACAGCUUGAUCUGCUUUUUGAGAAGGAGCAAGGGGUUGUUCGCAAAGCAGGGUGGCUUUUUUUCAAACCCCUGAUAACCCUUCAGAAGGAGAAGAAACUGGAGCUGGUUAAUCGGAGAAAGUGGAAGCAAUACUGGGUGACUCUUAAAGGUUGCACCCUGAUGUUUUAUGAGACUUUCGAGGGAAAUUCCACGGAGCAAAACUCUUCACCUAGAUACGCCUUACUUGCAGAAGACAGCAUUGUUCAGUCUGUCCCUGAGCACCCGAAGAAGGAAAAUGUAUUCUGUCUCAGCAAUUCCUUUGGAGACGUCUAUCUCUUUCAGGCAACAAGUCAGACCGAUCUAGAAAACUGGGUGACUGCUUUACACUCUGCAUGUGCUUCACUCUUUGCUAAGAAACACGGAAAAGAAGACACUGUUAAACUUUUAAAAAGUCAAACUCGAAGUCUGAUACAAAAGGUCGAUAUGGACAGCAAAAUGAAAAAGAUGGCAGAGCUGCAGCUAUCCAUUGUCAGUGAUCCAAAGAAUAGAAAAGCCAUAGAAAAUCAGAUCCAGCAGUGGGAGCAGAAUCUAGAGAAGUUUAACAUGGACCUUUUCCGAAUGCGCUGCUACUUGGCCAGCUUACAAGGAGGGGAAUUACCUAACCCAAAGAGCCUUUUGGCUGCAGCAGGACGCCCAUCAAAACUGGCUUUGGGAAGACUUGGCAUAUUCUCAGUAUCUUCUUUCCAUGCUUUAAUCUGCUCACGGGAUGAGUCAGCCCUAAGGAAGAGAACAUUGUCGCUUUCACAAAAAACUCAAAGUAAGAAGAGUUUAUUUUCAUCCCUGAAAGGUCUUGAUACUCUGGCUAGAAAGGGAAAAGACAAACGACCAUCAAUUACUCAGGUUUUUGAUACCAGCGGGAACCAGGGAGUUGCUGGUACUCAGCUUCCAGCAAAUAUGAACAACUCCAGCGAGAACAUUGAUGAAUUGCUGAAUAUCUAUGCCUCAGUUCCAGAAGUCAUACAAAAGGAAAGCCCAUGGGAAGUGCCAACAUUUGUUCAUUUCCAUGAUGGGCAAGGCAUCACAAUAAAUAUCAGGCCAGACCACAGAGUGGAAGAUGUUUUGACUUUGGCCUGCAAAGCUCGCCAGUUUGACUCCAAACACUUUGGACUGCAGCUAAGAAGACACACCGAUGAGACUGUAUCAUAUUCUGUUCCUCCCCUUAUGGAAUACAUGCAAGAUCAGGUUUAUGAUGAAAUGGAGGUGUUUCCUUUAGGGAUGUACAAUGUACAUCUUGUGAAGUCAGGGGGCAUAGCUGAUUUUGGAUUUGCUGUUACUGCUCAGGUUAACGAACAUAAGAAUCUCACUCAUAUUUACAUAAGCGAUGUCCUUAUUGAUGGACUAGCAUACAGAGAAGGGCUGCGCACAAAAACUGAAAUACUCUUUAUUAACGGACAAGCUGUUACGGAUCUUGACCUUCGAAAGAUGGAGUUUUUAUUCUCAGAAAAGAGUGUUCUGCUUUCUGUAAGUCCUUGUCAGGUUGAUGUGAAGUCGACACUCAGCUCUUCAUGGUCAGAAAACGACAUAUUCAAAGGUGACAAAAGGCCCUUACCUCCUCCAAACCAGUCGCAGCUUCUGGAAGAGUUUCUGGAUACCUUUAGAAGAAAUUCAUUAAAAGAUUUCAGUAAUGUUCCGGAUGUCACCUUUGCUAAUCUGAGAAGGAGCAACACAGAUGAUGCACUAGAUCAGGUGCAGCCGAGAGAAAAAAUGGAACAUCAUUAUAAGAGCGCUGAUCAGAUCUCUGCAUUGUGCCGAAGUAUGCAGGAAGUCAACCACGACAUGAUGGAUGGACUAAAUGAAAGUCCUGACCCUCCACGAAAACCUCUGGCCCGGCAUUUGUCAGAUGCGGACAGGCUUCGUAAAGUUAUACAAGAACUUAUUGACACUGAGAAGUCUUACGUUAAGGAUUUAAGUUGUCUGUUUGAAUUAUAUUUGGAACCUUUGCAAAAUGAAAUAUUUCUUACACAGGAUGAGAUGGAAUCCCUGUUUGGAAGCCUGCCGGAAAUGCUGGAUUUCCAAAAGGUGUUUUUGCAGACACUGGAAGAUGGUAUUUCUGCAUCAUCGGAUUUCAACAUACUAGAAACUCCAUCUCAGUUUCGGAAAUUGCUCUUCUCUCUUGGUGGAUCGUUCCUUUAUUAUGCCGACCAUUUCAAGCUUUACAGUGGAUUUUGUGCAAAUCACAUCAAAGUCCAAAAAGUUCUAGAAAGAGCUAGAAAAGAUAAGGCCUUUAGAGAAUUUUUGGACACUCGAAAUCCAACAAAGCAGCAUUCUUCUACGCUAGAGUCGUACCUUAUCAAACCAGUGCAAAGAGUACUGAAGUACCCGUUAUUGUUGAAAGAGCUGGUCUCCUUAACAGACAAUGAAAGCGAGGAACACUACCACUUGACAGAAGCACUGAAGGCUAUGGAAAAAGUUGCCAGUCACAUCAAUGAGAUGCAGAAGAUUUAUGAGGAUUAUGGGACGGUGUUUGAUCAGCUGGUUGCAGAACAGAGUGGCACAGAGAAAGAGGUUACAGAACUUUCUAUGGGAGAACUUAUGGUCUACUCUACCGUAACUUGGCUAAAUAUUUUCCCUUCACUCGGAAAAGCAAGGAAGGACCUGGAACUUACAGUAUUUGUUUUUCGAAGGGCUGUCAUACUCGUGCACAAGGAGAUUAACAAACUGAAAAAGAAAGCAAAUGCAAAUCAGCGUAUUACACAAACUCACUGUGACAUGGAUCAGUUUAAAUUCCGUUGGCUUAUUCCUCUAUCUGCUCUUCAGGUCAGGCUUGGAAAUGCAGCAGGAACAGAAAAUAACUGCAUGUGGGAACUGAUCCACACGAAAUCGGAGCUAGAAGGAAGACCAGAAACCGCCUUUCAGCUGUGCAGCAGCGAUUCUGAAAGUAAAACCAGCACAGUCAAAGUUAUCCGUUCUAUUCUGAGAGAUAACUUAAGGAGACACAUAAAGUGCGAUUUACCCUGGGAAAAGACAUACAAGGAUCGCCUGGUCCCUCUAAGAAACAGGAUUCCAUUGUCAGCAAAACUAGCAUCCACAAGGUCAUUAAAACUUCUGAAGCACACUGCAAGCACUGACUGGAACAUCAGCUUGAAUAGAGGGAAUGGACCAGAUUCCGACGAUGGAAGCUUAAGCAGUAGCACUCAUAGCAGUGGUUGUCACACAACAGAAAGCCUCCAGGAAUCUAAAAAUGUUUCUCCAGAGAAGAAACUGAUUAUUAAGGUAUAUGAUCAUCCAAAGACUACAGUUAAGGAGUCUGAUAUUCUUAGUGAUGAUGAGGAAGAUUAUGGUAUGCCAACUAUAAAGAAUAGCCCCACAAAAGACAUUGAGGUUCAUUUUCAGACACUUAAUAUUUCUGAAAAUGCCAACAUGGAAAUUAAGGAAGCAGAGCCCACCAAGGUUGAUAUUGAGAAUAACUUUAAGCUGAAAGAGCACCCAAAACUGGUACGUGGACACUUCUGUCCUAUUAAGAGAAAGGUUAACAGUACAAAACGAGACAAAGGGUUUAUGUUGACCAUGAAGGAUCACCACCAGUCCCUUGAUAGCCAGUCUGAUGCAAGCGUUGACUUGAAUGCUAUUUUGGAGAGAGAAUUUAGCAUCCAAAGUCUAACUUCUGUAGUGAAUGAAGACUGCUUUUAUGAAACAGUUGGAAAAUGUGGGAAAUCAUAGCUUUUAAUAACAUUAUAUAUGUACAUUUUGCAGAUAUUGCUUAAAUGUUUAAAUAUUUUUGGGCUUCUGGGAUGUGAGCGUAUUUAUCCACCACAUAACGCUGGCACAGAGGUGUUUUGCUUCAGUCCAGUUAGGAACUGAUUUCAUUACAAGCUACUUGUGUAGUAGAAUCUGUGUUGAGAAAUAAAAACUAUUUACUGUAUCUGUUCAGUUUUGUGCACUAUUUCAGUUUUGCCACAAAUUGAAUUGUUUAAGUUAUUUUUAUUUAUUGUAGAUUUUGAGGGGGAAAAAUGACGACUGACCACAUUCUGUUAAAACAAAAUAAUAAUCUUUUGAGCAGGUAUCAAACAUUCAGUGUCAUUAAGCCGAUUAUUAUUAUUCUAUUAAGUUAUGUGAAAAAAGGAUACAUUUACCCAUUAAUCCAGUAAAACAAAUCUUAUUCAUUUAGGGCAUUCUUUUCAGCAGGUUUUACGCUGGCUUCUCGCAAGCAAAUUUAAGUUAUUUCCAUGUGAUUAAUGCACUAUAGUGCAGAGAUCUUUUUGUAUGUCAUAAAAUGCUGUUUAUACUGAACUUUAUAAAUAUAAAUGUAUAAAAAAAAAACAAUCUUGUACUGUAAUCUUGUUUUGACUGUAUUUUUUUAUUUUCUUUACAAAAUUGUACAGUAAAUCAUACGUUGUUGCCCUGAAUUUAAAGUGUUUUGGGUCAUUUUUUGCUUAUGUAUAUUAAUAAAAAAUACACACACAGACAAGAAAAUAUAUUGCCUAAACAAGCCUUAAAGGGAUACAAACCCCAUUUUUUUUUCUUUCAUGAUUCAGAUAGAGCAUGCAAUGUUAAGCAACUUUCUAAUUUGCUCCUAUUAUCAAAUUUUCUUCGUUCUUUUGCUAUAUUUAUUUAAAAAGCAAGAAUGUAAAGCUGGAGCUGGUGUUCUGUUGAGAACUCCAAUUCCUUGAAAACUCCAAUCUGACGUCCCGUCCGGUGACUCUUCUAUUUUAGUAUCUGUUUUGCCUCUGUCUGGGGGGCGCAUCAGUGAUCCCCUGGCAAAGAGGUUUACAAGGGGGGGCUUCGAAACCCUUGAACCCCCCAGGCGGAAGUAAAAUAGAUACUAAAGAUAGGCAAUUACAGUGCCCAUCUGAUUGGUUGUGAAUCCUGUCACUCGCUGGACACGGACCAAUCAGAUGUAUGGAAUCACCGGAAGUGACAUCAGAUUGGAGUUUUCGAUGUAUUGGAGUUCUCGAUAGAACACCGGCCCAUUUUUUGUCCAGAAUCUGGAUUACGUUAUUGUUGGCUAAAUGUAGCCACCAAUAAGCAAGAGCUCAAAUGGGACGACUCUUAAGCUUUACAUUUUUUGUUUGUUAAUAAAGAAAGCAAGAGAAGAAAAAUUGAUAAUAGGAGUAAAUUAGAAAUUAGCUUAAAAUUGCUUGCUCUCUCAAUCAUGAAAGAAAAAAUUGGGUUUAGCAUCCCUUUAAACAAAAUAUCAGUUGGUUUGCUUUGUCCUAUCUCCAGACUUUUUUUAAAAAAAAAAUCAUCAUAAUUUCUGUAUUGUGUUACAGGAAAGAGCAAAGCAUUUAAAAUGGGUUUGGAGAAAAACAAAAAAAAGUUGUAAAAAAAGUUACUUUAUUAAAUAAAUUAUUUCAUGUUACCUAGUAGAAUAGAAUUAUUUUGGGUACUUGAAAUAUACUGUAGUCUCAUGGUGAUCUCCUGUACAGUUCAAAAACAGUGUGGUAAUAAACAUAUAUAUUUACAAGUCA